GUAUUUGUUGCAGCUACAACAAUAAAGUUUGCCCAGAAUGAUGGUGGGUGUGCUGAAAGCCUCUUAAACCAUCUUCACAUCAGGGCUGUUUCCGGUGGCUCGUGGCGGUGGUUAGUGCUGACGGGAGGCUAAAGUCGGACUGGUUGUCUCUUUAAAUCAAACUGCAGUGUUGAGGUGCCCUGGAGCUGAAAUGGUAAGAACCAUUCCACCUCUGCGGCAGGGACCCGACCUGAAAGGCGCACUGACGCGCUUCCAACUAGACUCAUUCCGUUUACUUGUGAAAUUUGGUCGACUCCACUUCAGUCACAACAAGCAAUUAGUGCUUUGAUGAGUUUUUAGCAGAACCCUCGUUUUCACAUCUGAUUCAUUUAUAGAAAUUAUUGACUUUUUAAUUUAUUUAUUUGUUUGAUCCGCAGAACUCCGUGGCCGUCGCCUCCAUCCGCUUCCCGCUGGCUGAACCGCCUAUCUCCACGUCUGCGUUGCCAUCUGUUGAUAACUCCACUUGCAGGCUGCAGCUCGUCGCCUUCCGCGAUGGGAAACUCUUCCCAUGCACCGGGAAUUCGUCAAAGCUCGCGGAUGAUGGGAAGCGCAGGAGCGUUUCAACACCAGUUGCUUUCGCCAAAUUAGAUGGCUGCAGCCGCAGGAGCAGCAUUUCUGUUGCUCUGAGGCACUUCGCGCUGGGUGUAGACCCCACCGCAGCCUUCUGGGAUUUUGACCUGCUGGAUGGACACGGUGGCUGGAGGGCAGAGGGUUGCCACAUAACCAGCUCCGGGGGCAACGCCACCUCCAUUCUUUGCACCCAUCUCAGUAACUUUGCCGUGCUGAUGGUGAGUAGUCUGCGUGGUAUUUAAUUUCUUCAUGACCCCUACAGAAACCCUACCGCUUAAGGCCUGUUGUGGAUCAAAUGCAGCCUUUUUUCCAACCGUGGAACUGACCGUGUCACGUGUUUUAGGAGGCACAUCAUGCAGGGACCUUUAAAGGCUUUGCUUUAUUGUUGCUCUUCAGCAGAGGGAAGGAUUCUCCGUGCACUGUGAAGAUUUCUAUUAGAGCUCUGGAAUAUUCUCCGCGCUAGGCUCUGGGAAGGAGAAGUUGCUUGCGUGUAACAGUCUGCAGCCCUUUUUCCAAACGCAACGGAUGCUCACGAGAAGGAGCGCCCUGUCAGGAGCUGUUCGCCUCUGAGCUCAAGUGCUGCUAAUUGGUUGCAACCAUCGCUGAGCAGAAACAAGACAGAGAAAAGAAAAAUGCUGGACUGGAAGCUAAGCGUCGCCCAUUCUGUGUCAGUCAAGUUGGUUUCUGCAGAGAUGCUUUUCCUCCGACGAGGCGCCUGCGUUCGAACCGAUUUGAUGAGGAUAAAAAGCACCAAAAGCGCAAUGGCACCACACCGCCUGCUCGCACCUUAGAGCCGCUGCGCCUGCUCCGCGUUCUGUGGAUGAAGAGAAAUCCUCCGGAUGUUUACCGAGGAGUGGGAUUCGUUAGACUGGGAGGAUCUGAAGAAGGGGCUGUCUUUCCCCCCGUACCCUGGGGAGUUUCUGCAUCCGGUCGUGUAUGCCUGCACAGCUGUCAUGUUGCUCUGCCUCUUCGCCUCCAUCAUCACCUACAUAGUGCAUCACAGCGCAAUCCGCAUCAGUCGGAGGGGAUGGCAUAUGCUUGUCAACUUCUGUUUCCACACAGCACUGACCUUCGCUGUGUUUGCUGGUGGCAUCAAUCGAAUCAAAUACCCUAUCAUCUGUCAAGCUGUCGGGUUCGUGCUGCACUACUCGUCUUUGUCCACGUUGUUGUGGCUUGGGGUGGCGGCCAGGAACAUUUAUAACCAGGUCACCAAAAAGCCUCUGCAGAGUCAAGAUGGUGGCCCACCCUCACCUCCUAAACAGCCCUUGCUGAGGUUCUAUCUGGUCAGUGGUGGAGUUCCUCUCAUCAUCUGCGGGGUCACGGCGGCGGUUGAUAUAGACAACUAUGGUAGUGGGGAGCAAGCACCAUACUGUUGGAUGGCGUGGGAGCCCAGCCUGGGAGCCUUCUUUGGCCCAAUAGCCUUCAUCUUUGUGGUGACGUGCAUCUACUUCCUCUGCACCUUCAUCCAGCUGCGGAGACACCCUGAAAAGAAGUACGAGCUCAAGCAGCUGACAGAGGAGCAGCAGAGGCUGGCCAGCAUCGAUGUGUCUUCCCACUGUCACCAGGGAGCUGAGCCCGGAGCUCUGGCAGCUCCACCCAGUGGGAGUCUUUGUCCCGCUGGCUGCCCGGGCGUGCCCAUCAAUCCGGCGCUGUUGGCCAAUGAGCACUCGUUUAAAGCUCAACUACGAACAGCUGCCUUCACCCUCUUCCUGUUCCUAGCCACAUGGACAUUUGGGGCUCUGGCUGUGUCACAGGGCCACUUCCUCGACAUGAUCUUCAGCUGCCUUUACGGUGCCUUCUCUGUCACCCUUGGCCUCUUUAUCCUUAUCCAUCAUUGUGCCAAGCGUGAUGAUGUCUGGCAUUGCUGGUGUUCCUGUUGUUCUGGACAACAGCCCAAUGCCUGCCCUGUAGCGCAGGGGUCAGCUCAAGCACGGCCCAAAGUCAAUGUGAAUGGAGAUACCCAGGAACACAGCCACUGCCACCAUGACUCGCCGUGUCCAGCUAAAGGCCUGAUGAGCUGCAGCCAUGGCAGUUUAGCUCACUGUAAACAUGCUGCGCUUCCAUCUUCACAAAACCAUGUGACAUGCCUGGCACCGGUGGCACCAUGCUGCUCUGCCCUGCACAGUCAGCAGCUGAUAGAGGAGGAGCCUGCAACUGCCCACCUGCUACUCCACGCUGAGCCCGGGAUCCAGCUGCAUUCCUGUCUAAAGAGUAGUACCAGGACUAAAAGUCGGACAUUUGGCCGCAGAGCCGGGGCCGCUGCAUGUGGAAGAGGGACCGAGAGGGAAUACGCCUACCACAUCCCGUCCAGCGCAGAUGGAGGCAGCAUGCACAGCUCACACACAGACAGCCCCCACAGCACACGUGAGCGCCAUGCUCACAUUUGCCCUCAUCUUACCCAUGAAGGUCACCAUGACGGGCAUCACACAUGCCACGCUGCAGCAGCUACCAUACACGAGUCUCUGACAUGCCACAAUCCUUGCCACAAGCAUAUCUGCUGUGCCAGGGCGGACCUUUUUCCUUCCCUGUGCCCGGCAGAGGCAGAAGACACGGGUGUCUUUCUUUGUGGCUGCGGCAAAGUAGCAGAAGAAGAUCCCGUGGCUACACAUCACCACCUAGAGAUGCAUGCCCCUCGCAGACAAUCCUGCCCACAAAACCCUCCCAGUCAGAACGGGAUUCUAAAGGGCGGCCUGCAGGAAGGUCUCCUGUACACCUCAGACAGCACAGGGAAUAUACGCACGGGACCCUGGAAGAACGAAACUACUGUGUAGAGCAGGAGGAAGCAAACAGGAACAGUCCUGCCUCUCCUUCGCUCCCUUUCUAGAUAAAAAUAGAGAAGUGAGUUUUAAACAUCACAAACGAUAUGGGAAGUUUUUAUUUUCAUGUCCACAUGUUUUUAUGUGUGCUGUUUUAUUGUACAGAGAUCUGAGACCAUGCAAAGGCUCCUCGAGGAGCCUCCAUAGACCAAACUGAAGCUCAUCCAUCACAUGUGAAACGUGUCCCGCAUCAAACCAUCAGAAGUUACGGACAGAUGUUCCACUGCUCCACACAGACCUAUCUCUCUGUCCCUUUAUAUAUAUAUAUAUAUAUAUAUAUAUAUAUAUAUAUAUAUAUAUACAUACAUAUCUAUAUCUAUAUAUACAAGAAAAUGAAUGGUUCUAUGUAUGAAAAUGUGUGUUAGUGCUGAAAGGCGUUUUUACAGUCGGAGUCUGACUCCACCAAGAGACCAAACUCUCGUUUUAGACAACCAAACCAGCAGAUCUAGACUUCAUGAGGGUCAGUCAGUCAAACUACUGUGAACACAUAAUAGAGACUUUCUACAUAACGAGUGCAGAUGCUGCUGCUGCUGGGGAGAGGUGAGGUGAUGCAGGUGAAGAUGUGGGAAAGGUUGGUGUUGAUGAUGACCACAUUAUCAUGGCUGGCCAAGUUGGAGCCGCCGAGUCGUUUGGAAGUUUUUUGCUUAUGUCGCACCGGCAGCAGCUUGUGUGGGUCUUUGACUUCUUACAUCUCAGCUUGAUGACAGAAAGUUGGUCUGCAGGAUAAACUAUUGUGGGAAAGACAAACGUGAUCAUUAGGAUGUCCACUGUAGCAUCAUCAAGGUAAUGAACGAUACAACGAUAAUGAAAACCAAGUAUGUCAUCCAGAAAGGACAAAACCGCAACAGCAGCAAACCUUUAUUCAGCUUUUACCCCAGAACAGGUCAUGCUUGUGCAUUUUUCUGAUUCGUCCAUAAAAAUGGUUCAUAAACUGCUUACCUUGCAUAAUUUUAUAAGAUUCUUGGUUAAGCCUAUCCCAGCGGAUUAGAGAUCGUGUCCUAAAACAUCUUUCAGGAGGUAGGAGGCUGAAGGAUGACAUGUUUGUUACAGCACAGUGACUCAGUUUGUGAGCAUCGGUUGUUUUGAUGCUUAGCUCUUGUUCUGUUUUCACUCAAACGUUCCUGAUUAAAAAUCUUUUCCUGGUCUCACAGACGUUCCCACUCUUAAAUGUACAGAAACAUCUGUCUCUGCUGUCGCAGCUCCUUUCUCUCCUAACACUGGCUCUCGCUGACUUUUCCUGCUGAACGUCUCCCAGCCAAUAGGAAGAAAGACUUGAAGCUGACCAGCUGUCUUCUUCUGGGUGCAGACCAGUCUAUUGGAGAGUAACGAAAAUGUAGAUGAGCACAGGAAGGGCUGAGAGCAGAUUAAUGCCCUCAAAUCAACAAAACACACCCAGGACAUGAAUCCAUAAUGCAGACCCGCUAAAAACUGUUCUGGCUGCUAUUCUCCGCUCGUACUGGUGGAGUUUUUUUUAAAUGAGUUUCUUUCCUGCACAGAAUUGGCUUUGACGCGAAGUUGAGUUGAGCGCUUCGGGAACGUCGGUUGUGGUAGAACCUUCAGCAUCUCACGGAUUUGGAUGAAUCCGUGUUACGUUCAAGAAAAAAGAGCCUUUAGUGUGUUUCAACCCGUGGAGCAAAAGAUGGUUCAGAGCCCCAAAUCGGCAUGAAAGAGUUUCAACUCUGACUACAGCUGAGUCACACCUGUCCUACCUGUGCUUUUGUAAUAUAGAAGUGGUUUCUGGUUUUAUUUUCGAUGCGACUAUUUCAGAAUAAAGUCUAAAUGUGAGGAGAGUUUGGGGGAAUGACCUCUGUGUGUUAAUAAUACUCAGUAUCUGAGUUUUACUGUUUGUUUGCGUUCAUAAAGUAUUCAGACUCGCUCUGUGUUGUGAGACUUCUCCUUUCAUAUCAGAAGCAGACCUGCAUCCAGGUAACGACAACGCUUAGCCUGCCAGCCUCACAAACACACACAACACAUGCGAACCCGGCUUUCCGGAGUCAUUUGUACCUCCUUCAGCUAAGGGAAGUCAGCGCUGCUGUAAGUCUUGUGUGGUGUUUCUCAGAAGCAACCUGAGCGUUUCUGUGUCUUUGAGACAAUGUGUUUGUCCUCACAGGCUGCCGUAGGCCCCCGUUUCUGUUAUCAUCUGCAGUAGAUGUACUGCCCUAACUGAGCUUCAGCCCACCAGGAGCAGCUGGAGCUUUCACCUGUGCAACUGUGACUAAACCUGAAGCCAGUUUUCACUUUUUCUACAUUGACACAGAUUCCAAUAAAUGUAUUUUUCCACCAUGCUGA